GCGAUAUCGGGAGUAGCAAAUGCCCAUGCCAUGCGAAGAGCCUGUGCCCGCGGCCCGCUGCUUUGGCUGGCCAUCGCCUUGCUGCUGCUGGCUGGGCUGAGCUGGGAGUCGGAAUGGAUCCUGCGCCGCCCCAGCCUGGGCUUCCUGAGCUCGCAGGUGGUGUUAUCUCCGGUCGAGCCGGACGGCAAGACAGGCCCUGUCAGUCCACCACAAUUCGAAGAAGCUGGGCUCGGGCGACUUGCAGAGACUCCGGCUGUCACGGUCGCCUCCACGACCUCUGCCAAUGUCGUUGGUACAUCGACAGCCACAGUCAGGCCCCAAGGGCCCCAAGGGCCCCAAGGGCCACCCCGGCCAGGGCUGUCGCUCUUCUGCUUCGCCUGGACACCCCGUCGGAAAUACGACGAGCAGCUGCUGCUGGAAGUCCGAUUGCAGUUCGCCAAGUGCGAUGGGCACAUCUUCUACACAGACACCGGCAGCCCUGGCGGCGAGGAGCCGGACUUCGUGCGGGUAGAGCUUCCUGCCCAGCAGGUGUCCAGGGACAAAGGCGGAUGGCUCUACCACAGAAAUAUGGUGGGCCUCAUGCCAGCUCUCAGUCACCUUCUUCGAUCUGGCUUAGUCGACAAGUACGACUGGUUCAUCAACGCAGAGCUGGACCAUUUUCUGAGCCCAGCGAGGGCCAAAGUGAACAUUGCGGCGUAUGCAGAGCACGUAGAGAAGGCUGACAGCCCCAUCAUGCUGAUGUGGGGCAACGCCUUUGUGUUCAACCAGAAGCUGCUCUCAGCAAUGAGCCAGCUCUGGGACUCCCUAGGUGUGAUCGCUUCUGCCAAUGGCACAAAGGAGGAAGCCAUCGCAGUUGGCUGCCCUUUGUUCAUGAAGGGGAAGUCUGAAUGGCCAAACUCAUGCUCGCAAGACAUCAUCUAUCCUGCGCUGGCUUGGGACGUUCUGCCAAAGAAGUCGAAGCAGAAGGUCGUGACGCUCGGUGAUCCGGGCUGUGGCCAUCCAGCCAAGUUUCGGAACAAGGAGCUUCCCCUAGGCUGCUGGGAGAUGCAACAGAACCCGGUGGGUGGCGAGUCGCUGCAAGGUGAGUUGAAUGCGAUCAAAGUGUUGGCGGACAUGGCGGCCCUGGACAAGGAGGCAGCUAAGAGCUACUGCGCUGGGCACGCGAACCAGGCAGUCGUCAAGAACUGUAAUAAGUUCUACGAUGGCAGACAGGUCGCGGUGAUUCAUCACGUGAACAACAUCGCAGUGCACAAACUUGCUCGUGAACUUCUGGAUUCGCCAGCGCCAGCAUUGGACGAGUCUGAGACCACGCUGUCUACCACACUCUCAACUUCCACCUCCAGUCCAUCAUCUCCAACCUCCCUCACUUCAACUUCCACACCGGCAUCUACUUUGCUGGAUUCAACUCCCCCCCCGGCAGGUGGUCAAGCCUCUGGCGUGUCCAGCCAAAUGUCAUUGCUUUGCUUCGCCUGGUCACCGCGUCGGAAAAACGACGAGGGAAUGCUGAACGAGGUGAGAAAGCAGUACAAGAAGUGUGACGGUCACCUCUUCUUCACUGACAAGGAGAGCCCAGUCAACCAGGAUGAAGACUUUGUCAGAGUGGAAGUUCCACAGCAAAGGCUGCCUCGUACGCACGGCCAAUGGUUGUACCACAGGAACAUGGUGGGCCUGAUGCCGGCGUGGGAGCAUUUGCUGAAGUCAGGCGUUGCUGAGAAGUACGACUGGCUUCUCAAUUCCGAGCUCGACCAUUUUCUCAGUCCCUCCAGAGCAAAGGAGACCAUUGCGGCGUAUCUUCGCAACAUGGAGGCAGGCUCCAAAGAAGACAAAGCAGCUGCAGAUGGCCCGAUUCUGCUCAUGUGGGGCAACGCCUUCGUCUUCAAUCGGAAGCUGGUCCAGGCAAUGAAAGAGAACUGGCAUCGGCUGGGCAAAGUGGCGGGCGCUGACAAUGAGACGUCCAAGGAGGGCCGUGCAGUUGGGUGCCCCCUGUUCAUGAAGGGCCGCUCCGAAUGGCCCGACUCUUGCUCCCAAGACAUCAUCUACCCGGCCCUUGCCAUGAACAUCCUGCCUCCCUUGCAGGUGAAGGUGGCUUUUCCUGGGGCUUCCGGCUGUGGCCAACCUGCCAAGAAUCACAAGAACAAGGAGUAUCCCUUGGGCUGCUGGGAGAUGCAGCAGAAUCCCAUCAACGGCGAGUCGGAGCAUGGGGAGACAGCGGCCAUCAAGGAGCUGGCGCAGAUGACUCGCUUCAAGGAGAAGGCUGACGCACUCACGUAUUGCAAAGCUCAUCGUUUGGAAGCUGUACAGAAGAACUGCAUGAAGUUCUGGGAUGGCAGGAAUGUUCCGCUUAUCCACCACCUUCACACAGUGUCUGAGCACGUCUUGGCUCGGACGCUGUUGGACAACGACCCUGACCCGCAGUGAGCAGGGCUGACAAUGACGGAUUGCCAGGCAAAAGAACCUGAACAAA